GCUCUGCGCAGUCGGGACAGUCUGCAGCUGGAGUUCACAGACUGUCUGCUGGAUAAGAACCGUCUGAGAAAGAGAAUCGCAGAGCUGCAGAGCAACCUGGAGCAGCUGCAGAGAGAGACGGAGAGAAGCCGAGAGUGGACAGAGCCGAGCACACCCUGCCUGCACUGCUCUCACCUGUCAUUAUUCAGUGAGGAUCAGUGUUUCGGGCUGUGCUGUUCAGUCGAGCUCAGUCCCAGUCCACUCCCAGUCAGAGCUCAUCUAAAGUCUCAAGCUCAGAUCUGUGAUCAGUCUGAAGACUCCUGUGGCUCCAACUCAGAGGAGAACCUGCUCUCACCGGAGUGUAACGCAGAGAAGGACAUCAACAGAUUGUCCACUUUUCCCUUUCCUCCCUGUGCAAACUCCAUCCACCGCAGAGCAAAAGAUGAAUUUGAUCUGAACUCUUGGAGAAGUGAUGAGAAUGAGGCAAAUGCAGAGGACACAGAUUCUUAUCGGAUGAGUUCCUGGAGCUCUCUGCCGACUCAGCUCUUUCCUCCAGACGUCAUCAAUGUGACCCCGAUGCUCCCUGUCAAACCCUCGUCCUCCUCUCCACGGUCAGUGUCGCUCUCCUCGUCCCCCAGAAGCCUCAGCCUGGCACAGGACAUCACUAUAGUUGGGGGAAACCGCAGCGGUGUGUUCGUGCAAACGGUGAAGAAGGGCUCCACCGCUGAGGCCUGCGGCCUGAGGGAGGGCACUGAACUGCUGGAGCUGGAUCAGGUGUUGUUCGGUGACGGUCGUGUGUGUCUCAAUCAGUGUACGGCGGAAGUGGCUCAUUUCUCUCUGCAGUGGUGGACUGAACCAAACUCACUCAAACACACACACAAUCCAGACGGUUAUUCUCGUUUAAUGGCUGAACUCUCGUCUCCAUCUUUCGUCGGCGCCGACUCCUUCUAUGUGCGUGUGAACCUUGACCUCAGUUCCCAUGGGGAUCCGCCGUGUCUCUGUGUCCAGUGUGAUGAUGUGCUGCACGUCACCGACACGCGAUACAACGGGAAAUACCAGUGGCGCUGCGCUCGCGUGGACAAACACACGGGGGCGCCACUGCAGACUGGAGCUGUGCCGAACUAUAACAGGGCUCAGCAGCUGCUGUUGGUGAGGCUGCGCACAAUGGCCAUUGAACAGAAUCAGUACAGGAUGAAGUUCAGCAGGAAAAACCCAGAGCGUGUUCGGCUCAUUAAAGCCGUCGCGUCAGACUAUCGCUCCAUUGGCUCAUCCAAUCCAGUGCUCUACACACUCAGCAACCGUCAUGAGGAGCAGCUGAUCCCAUUCAGUCUGGUUCAGAUGGUUGAGGUCUCCAGCAAGCGUCCGGUGGUGUUUUCUCCGUCUCUGCUGUCUUGCGGGAUCAUCGAGCGGCUAAUGCAGCCUGCCGAAUCCGGCCAGGACUUCGACAUCUGCCAUCCAGAGCAACUGGAGAAUGCCGUGCGCCAGGAUAAAAGUGUGUUCCUCUUGGACUCCACUGAUCAGCCACUGGGAAUCAAAAUACAGAGUAUUCAAGAGGUUAUUAAGCAGGACAAACACUGCCUGCUUCAGCUGGGCUUGAAUCAUGUGGAGAAUCUCCUGAAGCAGAGCAUCUAUCCCAUAAUAAUCCACAUCAAACCCAAAGACAAGAAGGGACGCAAGUUCAGGAAGCUGUUGUCAGGCCACAGAGAGGAGGACCUGAUGGAGGCCAGUCAGAUGGAGGAGCUGCAGCUGGAGACUCUUCCUCUGAUGUUCAGUGCGGUGGAGCCCAAUACAUGGAACAGCACAGACGAGCUGCUGGCUGUCAUACGCAGCACCAUCCUCAGCCAGCAGAGGGCGGUGGUGUGGCUGGAGCAGGAGCGACUCUAGUACACACACACACACACACACACACACACGGUUUCUCUCCACUUUAAGGCCCUGUUCACAAACACGGGUAUUUUCAAAACGGCACUUUUUUUCUACAUGGUUUCUCCAUUUGUCCAUGCGAAAUUAAAUCAAGUAUCCUAUCAAAAGAAGUAGUUCAGUAGUUCAACAAGUUGAGUUAUAGAAACUGCAUCUGUGCGCACAGAAAAACAAUGGUAAUAACAAGAGGGAAAUAAGUGAAAUGAUUGGUGUAGGAGAGGACAUUUUUGUGCCUUUCUUUCUUUUCUUUCUUUCCCUUUAUUUAUAGAGCAUUUUCACACAACCUAUCCAAAGUGCUGUAAAAUCAGCAAAGAACCAAAAGGUAUGAGAGUUAAACCAAGAAUCACUGCCAUAACAAUAGUGUUACGACCACAAAUGUCUAGGGCUGAGGUUGAACAUAAAAGU